GACGGCGGCGGCCGCUCGUGGUCGGACGACCCUUUUUUCUUAGUGGAGACCCUGUGCAUCUGCUGGUUCUCCUUGGAGCUCCUGGUGAGGCUCCUGGCCAGCCCCAGCAAGGCCGCCUUCUUCCGGAACGCCAUGAACCUCAUCGACCUGGCCGCCAUCGUUCCCUAUUUCGUGGCCCUGGGAACGGAGCUGGCGAGGAGGCGAGGCGUGGGUCAACCCGCCAUGUCUUUGGCCAUCCUUCGAGUCAUCCGCCUGGUCAGGGUGUUCCGAGUUUUCAAAUUAUCCAGGCAUUCGAGGGGUUUGCAGAUUUUAGGGCAGACCCUGAAAGCGUCCAUGAGAGAAUUGGGGCUGCUCAUCUUCUUCCUCCUCAUCGGUGUCGUCCUCUUCUCCAGCGCCGUGUAUUUCGCCGAGGCCGAAGACGCCGGCAGCAGUUUCACUUCCAUCCCCCAAGCUUUUUGGUGGGCUGUGGUCACCAUGACCACGGUGGGCUACGGGGACAUGGCGCCGGUGACGGUGGGGGGGAAGCUGGUGGGCUCCCUGUGCGCCAUCGCGAGGGUCCUCACCAUCUCCCUCCCCGUCCCCGUCAUCGUCUCCAACUUCAGCUUCUUCUAUCGGAGGGAAUUGAGGGGGGAGGAAGGGGGGGAGUGCGUCCCGACC